AUGGCGCGAGUCAAGAACAUUGCGGCGACACUGAUCCUUGCCAUCAUCAUGGUGGCAAUUGCAUCAUUGCCUAUCACAAGCGCCGUCAUCGCCAUCGACAAUUCCAACGUUGCCGACGAUGCCGCCUUGGCCGAGCUAACAACCAUCAUCAAGAAGGCCCUAGAUGGGGUCAUCGCCGCCGCCCCACCAUCCAAAAUGACGGAAGUAAAAUAUGAUGUGUUGGAGCAUGAAUUCACCGCUACGUCCGUGCUGCACAAGGCCAAGGGAGACAAGGAGAAAUUAGCUAAAUAUAUCAAGGCCUACAAGAUCGCCGCUAAGCUAGUCACUGCCGCGAAACCCGAGUCCAAGUUCAGAAUGAUGGAGGAUACCUUCACACUGGCUGCCCGGCCCAGUCCAUUCCCACUGUAG